AAACCUCAAAAUACCCAGUCUUUAAGGAGUCGCGUUGCAGUACUAUUGCCUACGAAGGAUUGCAGUGGAAAAAACUGCCAACUGAAAUUCACUCUGCUUCUCUUUCAAUGAAACUCUGCCACAGCCUCGUCACCUUGAGUGUAUCUCCGCCGUAUCGUAGUCUUUCUCGCCAUCCCAAAUCCCUCUCUUCCGAGUUACCAUCUCACCGGGUCAACGUCGCCGAAUCACUCCACUCCGAAACCCUCAAAAUCCUCGAAUGGCCCUCCGUGUGUACCCAGCUCGCCGCAUUUACCUCAACCUCAAUGGGACUCGCCGCAGCUCAAACAGCCCGAAUUCCUCUGGGGAAAUGCCCAGACGAUAGCAGGCGACUCCUGGCUCAGACCUCUGCCGCUGUGGAUAUCUCUCAGCCGUUGGAUUUCUCGGGAAUAGAGGAUGUUUCGGCUAUUGUUGAAACCUCGGUCGCUGGUGAAAUGCUAUCGACUCGUGAGCUUUGCUCGGUGCAACGGACACUAAGAGCGAUCAGAGCUUUGCUCGAACAGUUGGAGGAUAUUUCAGCGCAGAAUGAUUUAUCCAAAAGGUGCUCUCCUCUGCUUAAAAUUCUUCGGAAUUGCAAUUUUUUGACUGAAUUGGAGCGAAAGAUAGGCUUCUGUAUAGAUUGUAACUUUUCAGUGAUCCUUGACAGAGCCAGUGAGGAAUUGGAAAUCAUAAGGUUAGAAAGAAAAGGGAACAUGGAAAAUCUCGAAUCAACGCUGAAGCAGGUUUCUGCUCGAAUUUUUCAGGCUGGUGGAAUUGACCGACCGCUAGUAACCAAGCGUAGAUCAAGGAUGUGUGUUGCUAUUAGAGCUAACCGUAGAUCUUUGUUGCCUGGUGGAGUAGUUCUAGAUACUAGCAGCUCUGGGGCAACUUACUUUAUGGAACCUAGGGAGGCAAUUGAGUUGAACAAUCAGGAAGUGAGGCUCAUGAAUUCCGAAAGGUUAGAGGAGCAAGCUAUAAUGAGUUUACUUACUGCUGAAACUGCCCAGUCUGAGAGACAAAUUAAGUAUUUAUUGGAUAGAGUAUUGGAAGUAGAUCUCGCUUUUGCGAGAGCUGCUCAUGCUCGGUGGAUGAAUGGGGUAUGUCCAAAUUUUAUUGCAGAGGGUUAUGAGAAUUUAGAAAAUAACGCAUUAUCUGUAGACAUUGAUGGAAUAAAACAUCCUUUGCUGCUAGAGUCUUCGCUGAGAAAAUUUUCCGAUUUUAACAAAUCCAGUAGUUCACUGUCUUCAGAUCAGGAAAGUGGCAUUACAAACUCCAGAAUAGUUUCUGGUGCAUUUAGUUUUCCAGUGCCUGUUGACAUCAAAAUUGGACAUGAAGUAAAGGUGGUUGUGAUUUCCGGACCUAAUACAGGAGGCAAAACUGCUUCAAUGAAAACUCUUGGAUUGGCUUCAUUAAUGUCGAAAGCCGGCAUGUAUCUUCCUGCUGAAAACAAUCCACGAUUCCCAUGGUUUGAUCUUGUUCUUGCAGAUAUAGGUGAUCAUCAGUCUUUAGAACAAAGUCUCUCAACCUUCAGUGGGCAUAUAUCACGGAUUAAUAAAAUCUUGGAUGUGGCUUCUGAGAAUUCUCUUGUCCUUCUCGAUGAAAUUGGAAGUGGGACUGAUCCUUCAGAAGGUGUGGCUCUUUCAGCCAGCAUAUUGCAAUAUCUCAAGGAUAGAGUUAAGUUAGCUGUUGUAACAACCCACUAUGCAGAUUUAACUUGUCUGAAAGAAAAGGAUGCUCGGUUUGAGAAUGCAGCCAUGGAGUUUUCCUUGGAGAGUCUGCAGCCUACCUAUAGGAUUCUCUGGGGAAGCAUGGGUGAAUCAAAUGCCUUAACUAUUGCUGAAUCAAUUGGUUUUGACAGAAAAAUAAUUGAACGGGCAAAAUCUUGGGUGAAGAAGUUAACACCUGAAAAGAUGCCGAAGUUGAAUAGUGUUCUAUAUCAAUCACUAGUGGAAGAGAGAGACAGAUUAGAAACUCAAGAAAAAAGAGUUGUGUCCCUUCAUUCGGACGUAAUGAAAAUUUAUCAUGAGAUCCUCAAUGAGGCAGAAGAUCUUGAUGGACGUGAAGCAGCUCUUAAGGCAAAGGAAACCCAGCAGAUUCAACAGGAACUGGAAGUUGUGAAAACUGAGAUUGAUGCUAUAGUUGAAGAAUUUGGGAACCAACUAAGAACUACAAGUCGAGACCAAUUCAAUUCUCUUUUGAAGGUAUCGGAGUCUACCAUUGCGUCCAUUGUUGAAGCUCUUCGGCCUAGCAAUGAUGUUGAAGUUGAAGGCAGUUUUCAUACUCCACAGCUUGGAGAGCAGGUUCUUGUAAAGGGUUUAGGAAGUAAAUUGGCUACUGUAGUUGAAGCACCAGCAGAUGAUAAUACAGUCCUUGUCCAAUAUGGAAAAAUCAGAGUCCGUGCAAACACAAGCAGUAUAAAAGCUCCUUCUGAUGGUAAAGAUGCAAUGUCUUUGGUCCCACUCUCAAGAAGGAAGGGUUGGCGAACUAAGAAUCUGAAGAACUUAAGGAGUCUUUCAGAAACUAGAAAAGAUGAGGAGAUUCCUUUUGGCCCGGCUGUGCAGACAUCGAAGAACACGAUUGACUUAAGAGGUAUGCGAGUCGAGGAAGCUACUCACCAUGUCAGCAUGGCUAUCAAUGAAAGAGGGUCUAAUUCAGUUCUCUUUAUUAUACAUGGAAUGGGCACUGGUGUUUUGAAGGAGCGUGUAAUUCAAUUAUUAAGAGACCAUCCUCGUAUUGCCAAAUUUGAACAGGAAAGUCCAAUGAAUUAUGGUUGUACUAUUGCUUAUAUCAAGUAAAUGUGCUUCUGCAUCCAGUUGUAACACGAGUUACAAUUUUGUUUAUGUUCAGAUAACUUGAACAAUUGUGUAGCAUCUUUUUCUCGUGUAAUCUAUAAUGUCAAUAUUUGUUAAUUUUUUGUAGAAUUUAUUACCAUUUGAUUUUAUGCAUA